AUGCACAAAAUCACGUCCAUAUACGCCCAACAAACGCACAUAAUAGCACGAAAAAUACAAAACUCAUCAUUGGAAGGAAAGGUAAACAUGCUCAAGCAUUACAAUGUGCCCGUAAUAAUUUUUGAUUUUUGUGGUGGCAUACUAAAAUACAACACGCUAAUAGAAUUGAACAUGAGCUAUUAUUUUGUUUUUGACUAUGAAAGUGUUAAGAACGAGAUUAAUAGCACGAUUGAGGGUGAUGAUAUCGUAUUUUUGUUGUUUGACUGGCGACUUAACGAAGAUGUGAAAGAUUUCAUGGAACGAAAAACGAAAAAAAAUGUUUUUAUACUAAUAAACAGCAAAUAGUACCAUUGGUUGUAUGUUCAGGAAGUAUAAUUGAAGCGGUACGUGAAAAGGGUUCUUAUACCUGCGAUCGAUAGACCAUGAGAAACGAAGUGAUUAAUA